AUGAACACCGACUCGAACAACGGCCUUAACAGGAGGAUCCAGUGCUACUGGGACCGCGAACACUUCGUGAACCAUGUGCUGGAGCACGACUCUUGCCCUCACGGACGCGACCUGCCGCCCAACGAGCGCCUGUGCACAAUCUGCCGCGAAGAGAUUCACGACAACAGCACGGUAGCCCGGAUCUGCCCCGUCUCGAAGCAGCACGUCUACCACUGGGUCUGCAUGUUGCAGUGGCUGGCCACGUGGAACGACGAGCUGGAGGCCUUUGAGCGCAAGUGCCCAACCUGCCGCACCGAGCUCUUCACUCUCACUCCUACGUCAUGGGUCGCUGAAGCGCCUGCCGACGCUGUGCUGGAACUGCGCGACAAGAUCGCGCAGGGCUGGGAAGAUAUGAUGGUUGCGCGCCGCGUGAUGUACAGUAGCUCGCGCUUGGGAUUCGUUCGUCGCAGCCACAUCUCCGAGUACGAGCCUGACCGUGCUCUUCCGCUGAGGUACGCCUUGGAGGGCGACCACAACCUUGCUACCGUCCUGUGUUGCCUGAACGAUCCGGCACAGGUCGAGAUCAUGCGUGUCGGAGCGUACAUGACGGAGGACGAGACUGAGCUGCAGCAUCUUCUCGACUUCGUUGACAACCUUCUUGAUGCUCUUAGUCUUCCGACCUCAGGUGAUUCUAAAAUGGAGCACUGA